AUGGUGGAGAGCUUGACCUUUUCCUUCCUCCUGUCCUUUCCCUUUGCGUUGGUGGCGCGGAUGAGAACUGCUUCGGUGGAAGUGAAGUCGAACAGCUCGGUGAGCUUGGAGAAGAACUAUAUCGCGCGCUCUUCUACGCAGCUGCGAAAGGGUCCCGCAAAGUUUGAAGGUCUUACCAACAAACACAUCUACACCUCCCCACGCACAUAUCACGACAUGGCACCCUCUAGGAGGAUAAAGGCUCCAAAACUGCCUGACAACCUUCUGAAGGAGCUCGGCGUAGAAGCCAUUGCCAUUCCUGCCUGGAGAACAAGGUUCUCGGACGAAAUUCUAACUAUCACAGAACAAUCUUACGGAGGUCGCAAGAAUCAAUUUCAAUCAAGAAAGGAUCGUCGCAAAGCAGAGAGAACACAGAAAAAGACACACCGCACCUCGUCCACGAAAAGCUACCAUGCCGAACGCGCGGUACCCCCGAAAGCACAGAAGAAGGUCGACGCCGCAUCUACGAAGGAGCCCAAGCCCAUCUUGAAGAAGGGAAAGAAACAACAAUUGGAGGAGGAGGAGGAGGAAGAUGUUGAUCUCGACGAAGACGACGACGAGGGUUUUGAUGAGGAGGAGGAUAUUGAUCUCGACGAGGACGACGACGACCUAGACCUCGACGAAGACGAAGAUGAUGACGGCGAAGACGUGGACGAUGAAGAGGAAAGCGAUGUCCCAAUAGUAUCCAAACCGAAGUCACAGCCAAAAAUCUCGAAAACCGUCAUGGAACGAUUGGCGCAAGACGACAAGGAGAUCGCCGACCUCGAAAAGAAGCUCGGCCUCAAGGGACGCAAAUCGCUUCCCAAGUCCUUCCAGGAGGAUGGUCUUCUUCACCUGCUAGAAGGCCUCCCUGGCGUAGACGACGAAACAAGCGAGAAAAGGAAGCGGAAGUCUGAAGCGGAUGAGUGGCUUGCGGCGAAGAGGAGGAAAGCGGAAGAGGCGAUGAAGAAGACGAAGGAACCCGAAUUAGACGAGGAAGAAGAGGAAGACUCCGAACUGGACGAAGAGGACGAUGGCUUGGACGAUCUAUUAGAGGGGUUGGACUCUGACGGAGAAGACGACGAUGUUGAUCAAGACGAAGACAUGGACGACGAAGAAGAUGGGGAAAGCGACAUCUCGGGCGAGGAUGAGGAUGAUGAUGGUUUUGGAGGGUUCGACGAGGACGAGGACGAGGAUGACGAAGAACCCGACGAUGACGAAGAAACCGUACAAAAGCCGCCAGAACGAGUCCGCGAAAACCCAUACGUUGCGCCUACGACUGGGCAGACGGUAGCAAAAUACGUACCACCAUCCAAGCGACAAGAGGCAGGCUCAGACGCGGAGUUGGUGGCCCGGAUUCGCCGUCAAACACAAGGUCUCAUCAACAGGAUGACAGAGUCCAACCUGUUAUCCAUUAUUAUGGACUUUGAAAAGCUUUACCGCGACAACCCGCGACAACAUCUCACGUCAAACAUUGUCGAUCUCCUACUCAUCCAAGUGUGCGAGCCAACGACGCUGCCUGAUACGUUGCUCGUUCUUACCGCCGGUUUUGCUACUGGUAUCUUCAAGGUGAUCGGCAUGGACUUUGGCGCACAACUGAUUCAAGAAGUGAUUGAGCGAUUCGACAAACAUUACGAGGAGGCUAAGGAAGCUGCAAAGGAACGGCCAGACGUACCAAAACAGACGUCCAACAUCAUCACCUUCCUAUCCGAACUCUACAACUUUCAACUCGUGGGCCCCAACUUGCUCUUCGACUUCAUUCGAGUCCUUCUGGGUGAUCUGUCGGAGCUAAACGCGGAACUUUUACUCAGAAUUGUGCGCAUUGCUGGCCCAGCCCUCCGACAAGAUGACCCUAUGUCUCUCAAGGAUAUUGUUACCCUUAUCCGCCCGGCUGUUGCCAAGAUCGGAGAGAAGAACCUCAGCGUCAGAACUAAGUUCAUGAUUGAGACCAUCAACGACUUGAAGAACAACAAGAUGAAGACAGGACUAGGCGCUUCCGCCGUUCUCACGGAUCACACAACCAAGAUGAAGAAGCUUUUGGGCACCCUGAAGACCAGCAAGACGUCCGAGCCUUUGCGAAUGACCCUUGCCGAUAUUCGCGAUGCCGACAAGAAGGGCAAAUGGUGGCUUGUAGGCGCUAGCUGGGCGGGCAAAGAUAAGGACGGUGACAAGAAGCCCUCGACUCAAGACGACGUCAUCCAGGAUAACGUUGACUCGGACGACGAAAGCUUUGUGUUGGAGGAUGUCGAGGACAUGCCUGACCUCGGAGAACUUGCCAGGGAAAACCAGAUGAACACGGACGUGCGCCGGUCCAUUUUCGUGUCGAUAAUGUCCGCCACGGACUACGAAGAUGCCUACUACCGCAUCCUCAAGUUGCGCCUGAACAAGGAGCGCCAGAGAGAGGUUCCAUAUGUGAUCAUCCAGUGCGCCGGCGCAGAGCAGGUCUACAACCCAUACUACACCUUGGUGGCCAAGAAGCUUUGCGGGGAUCGCAAAAUCCGGUGGUCGUUCCAAGACGCGCUCUGGAAGCUAUUCAGGCGUCUCGGAGAAUCCGUUUUUGGCGACGACGUGGAGGAUGAGGAGGACGAAGAUGCAAUGGACAUGCGGCGGCUUGUAAACAUCGCGAAGCUGUUCGGAGCGAUGGUGGCAGGUGGAUCGCUAGGGCUGGCGAUUCUCAAAUGCCUCAAUCUGCCUUAUCUACAGACCAAGACGCGGGCGCUAGUGGAGAUCCUGCUGAUUACCGUGCUUCUAGAAGCCGGAAAAGGCGGCGACAAGGGCCGGGAUGAGACGAUUACAUCGGUGUUUGCGGCUGUAGAAGGGGUCCCCGAGCUUGCCAGGGGCCUGCAAUGGUUCAUCAAGAAGGUGGUCCGGAAGUCGGAUCUCGCGGGAGGAGCGGCCAACACUAAGGUCGUCAAGGAGGGUUGCAAGACGGCCAUGGCGGCCUUGGAGCAUGCGUUGCUCGCCGCCGAAGGCUUGGUGGAAUAG